AUGUCUUCUGCCAAAUACCAUCUUUUCUUGCUCUCCUUGCUGCUUUCCCUGAUCCCCUCAGCAGCCGUUCGGGAGAGCUUGCUCUCUGACGGGCCAGCUACGGUCCACGCCUUCUAUGCUGCAGACGAGCCACAGAUCGACGGGCUCAGCGCCUCCAUUCACUCGCUGCUGGUCUCAUGCUCUCAGCCGCAGCGUCUCGUUGUAGACGUCGCAGUGAAGGCUGCCGUUCUUCCCGCCUUUCAGGCUCACUUUGGCAUGAAGGACAAGUCGCUAUCAGUGGGGACCACCCUAGGGGCGACCAUUCGACUUCAUGCGCUAGAUGAGGUGAAGAUGAACAAGCUUUUCAAGUACCAGAGUAACCACUAUCAUGAGCGUGCUUCGCUAGCAAAGUCAAUUGAGAAGUACGCGCGCUUGUUCCUGGACGGCUUGCUUCCUGAUGCGAUUGUGGUGUACCUUGACACGGAUGUGGUGGUGCAAGCGGAUGUCCUGGUCCUAGCAGAUCGAUUUGCGGCAAGCGGCAAGACAAUGGCCUUUGUGGAGCGGGUGCCACGUGUGUCGCUGAGUGACUACGUGUACCCGCGCAACGUGAGCGAUGCCGAGUUCACCAAGCUGGGAAUCUCAAAGGCAGCCCUCUUGGCAGCGGAGAACGCCACGGAGUACAAUGCUGGAGUCCUCGUUGUGAACACGAAGCGCUGGGCGAGCCAGGGUUACAUGGACAAGGUUACGCACUGGCUGCGCAUCAACUACUUGCUGCAUGGGAAGCUGUUCCGCGGCAAUGAUCAGACCCUCCUCAUGCUCUCUUUCGAGGUCUGGCGGCAACCAGGUGACUUCAUCGUUGUGGAAAGAGAGUGGAAUGUGGAGGUUCAUCACCAGCUCACGACUGAUGGAGAUUUCCUGGCGCACCAGGCAAAGAUUCUUCACUUCAAUGGCGAUCGGAAGCCAUGGCUGCCCAGCGAGGCGGCGGAUCCCCUUGUCAAGGAGCUCUUCCGGCCUCACCUGGAGAGGUUUGCGUCACUACUGGAAGCAGAGCAAGCUCACGGGCAGCAGCAUCAGAUGCAGCCCAUGAUGGCUGCUCUUAUAGCUCUUGUUCUUGCCCUCGCGCUGCUCGCAGUCGUGAAGGUUUCCUAUGAUUGGACCAACACGAUGUCUCCCGCUGAGUCGGCUCUGCACGUUAACUUGAUGGUGUGCUUCCAGGGCUUCAUGAACUACAGCUCUGUGGUGCUUUGCGCUUACCCAUUGUGUCUGGCACUGAAUUUGUCAAAUGCCGCUUCAAUGUCUGGCCUCCUCAUCGGGGUCUUCAUGGAAUCCAGUGCUGUCGGCAUGGGUGUUAGCUGGAAGAUCUUGAACGUUUACCCUGACAUAUGGCGCGUACACAUCAAGACGUAUUUGGUGACAGGACUCUCUUGUCAAUUUCUCGGAGCACUGGUGUUUUGCAAAGUGGCUUUGGCUGUGAAGUACGGACAAACGCACGACACCCUGAUCCUCACGUUGCUGGCAGCCAGGAUUGUUCAAGGCUUUGGUCAUGGGCUGAAUGACCAGUUCAUGAAGUGCUGCAUUGUCAAGCUGGCGCCAGCUGUUGACCGGCCGCGCCACUCUAUGAAGAAGUUCGUGUCCAAUACGAUGGGUAUCGGAGGUGGCCCCAUCAUCAUUGCCAUAGCCUACUUCUUCUUCCACGACGAGGGGGGGGAUGUGGCCGGAAUGGGGCUUGGAGCACAGAUCAGCAUGUUGACCGCGCAGUGGCAGCUGACGAUGACCAUCACCGUCCUGGUGGCAGCUGUUCUCCUUUACCCAUCCUUGGAGGACGUGUCUGACUUUGGCAAGGCAACCAGCAUUGUUGGAGGGCACCAGACGGCAGUGCUUCUAGCAAGCAUCUUCCUGGAUGCCUUGCGCGGCUUUAUCACAUCGGGCGUGGAAGCAGCGUCGUGCCUGCUUCUCCAGGAUCACUUCGAAUGGCGCCAGGACAGCAUCGGCUUCUGCAUUGGGCUGACGUUCUGCUUGGUGGUCCCCGCCUACAUGCUUCACAAGCAGUAUCAGGCGCGCUACAGCGACAUCGCCUGGAUCAGGAUCUACACGGGCAUUGCCAUGCUGGCCACUGCCUUGCUAGGGACAGCGAAGCAACCCUUGGGCAUCCUGGCUGCGGACUCGAUCAUUUUCCCAUCCAUCUACUUGGCGGGUGCCUUGAACAUGGGCAUCCUCAAUACCAGUGUCUUCCCGGAUGGCUCCCUCCUUGAUGCGAACAACGUCAUGCUCAUCAACGGUAUCAUCUCGAAUGGCAUCGGUCGUUUUGCAGGACCCAUCUUCUCACGAUCCCUUAUAGCACACCUUGGGCAGAAGGCAUAUGCUUCGUGCCAAGCUCUUGCCAUUGGAAGCAUCUUGGCUUCAUCUGGUAUGUUAAGGGCGCCCAUGUAG